ACGCGAGAUGAAAUCAUUACAUUCCAAAACCAGCAACUUGACCAAUUGUUCAGCGAAUCAGCAGGACACAGAUAACACGGAGAGGCGGUUCGGGGUCCACACAGUUUAGUUAGUGGAGAAUGGCCGUAGUGAUGGUGGUGUGUUGCUUAGCUGUGCACACUCUGGGUCGUGAAAGGUCCCCAGCCGAGAGAAAGUGACAGUGUGGCGCCGGGCGGAGCUUGCCACUGCCAGCACAGUGCAGGACGCCAAGCCUACGUGACCACCAUGGAUCAAGCAUCACUGGUGCAAGGCCUCCGUCUCCUCCACCGCCACCUGACUGAUUCAGAUUCACUGAUACUGAGACGAUGGAUGUGUGACAGUCCCGUGACGCGAGUACCCCUCGCCUGUCACAAGUGUUCACAGACAUGCUUGUCUUAACCUAGAUAUGCCCUUCUUGGUGACCCGUGGCCAUGGAGAGUGACAUCAAAUAGCCACACUUACCUAUGAACCAUGCACUACUUACCUGCUGUGAAACAUUGCAAUGGAGACUGUUUUGCUGCCGAGUGAUACCAUUUUGUGUUUUCAAUUAGCAGUCAAACAGAUGAGGAAGGAUUUCUUCAUCAUGCAAUUAGUUGUAUUAUGUGUAACAGUCAAGGCAGGAAUGAAAGCAGUGUCAUCAGUGACAUGAUUUGCUUAGUUUUUCAUAAGUGGUACAAGGAUUUAAAUGUUUAAAUAUAGGCUUUUUUUUUUUUUUCAGAUACUUAAGAAUCACAGUGAAAAGUGAAAGACUGUUAAAUCAGGAAAUAAUCCAUAAACUAUACAAACUGCACAUAUAUACUAACAGAAAGACAUUGUUGUGCAAUCCUCUGAAUGCUCCUUUGUGAUCCCAUUCACAUCUGUUAAUUUGUCACUUAUACAGUAUUGUCUUUCUAUAUGGUGUUAGCUUCAGUUUUAUGAAGUGUUCUAACACCUUUUCUUAAAACCUUACUUCUUAUCUAUCAACCCCUCUUAUUCCUCACAAUGUUAACUUACGACCUCAUCACUCAUGUGUAUCCUGCGGCUCUUGCAGUCAACCACUGCAUCUCCAGUCAUGAGGGCGCCAGCCGGCCUCAUCGACCACGGCUAAAUUCGUUCAAGAGGCCUCAGCACCUCAUCGGGGGUCAGCAGCACCAGCCCGGCAACCACUGGAAGUCCAGAAAACGUGAUCAGCAACAGCAGGCUCACCAACAGCAAUAUUUCUUAGUUUCUGACGCCUGUGACGCUGACCUCCAGGAGGAAUAUACACCUGACCCCUACUAUGAUGCUGGCAACAACAAUCAAAUUGACAUUCUUAAUCUCAAUCAUCUGAAGGAAAAGGAACUCCGAUCUGUUCACAUCCCCAUUUCGGCCUAUCCCAAGUCUCUGAUCCAGUGGCCAGUAGAUGGUUCAACCAAGAACAAAAGAAUUUCUGAAGUAAAGAAACAGGUUAAACUUCUUGGAAAUUUGAUCAAGAUGACUGUAGGAGGAGCAGCUCAUGCUGAGGCAGUCUCUGAUGACAAGACUCCCACCAACCCUCCACCCUUCUCUGGACAUGUUGACAUGUCCAGAAUCCCUGUCCAUGACCUCGCACACUCUGCUGACGAGGCCUCCAUGGCAAAAUGGAAAGAUAUUGAAGGGCAAAUGAAACUUGGGAAAAUUAAAGAGGCCAAACAAAUGAUUCGUGACUCAGACUGGAGUAUAGGAAGUCCAGCACGGGAGAAUCUGUGGAGGGAGCUGUGUCGUCACCAUUCCCGGGAGAAGGACUUUGAUGAUCAGUAUUACUGGGACACAGUGAAGCAAAUCUAUGGUUCAACAGAAUUGUCUGAUAGCAUGACACAACUACCUGCCUUCAUUGAUUCCAACCACAAAGUGUCUCAUUCCCUGUCCCCACGUGGAGUGACUGUGUGUGAGCGAAUCAUCUCCCUCAUCUCCUUCAACCACCCAGCCAUCACCUAUGCCCCAGCCCUGUAUGGCCUCACUUCCCUGCUGUUACACUACAUGGAAGAGGUGGAUGCCUACUACUGUAUCUCAGCCUUGGUGGGAGGAUCCCAGAGCAAAUUUCUAUCACAAACUAAAAUUGCCUAUGAAGCUCAGUGGAGGGCAGCCAUGAUCCUUGGCAAAAAACACAUAAGAGGAGCAUUCUCCACAUUGACAAAGUUUGGGGUUCCACAAGAACAGAUAGAAGAAGCCUUCCAGAACUGGAUCUGGUGGAUCCUGUCAGCCUUGCCACUCACUCACACUGUGCGUGUGAUUGAUUGCUUUCUUUUUGAAGGUUCCAAAGUUCUCCUGCGAAUCGCUUUAGCCAUCUUCCAUGUGUUUGUCAAGACACUAACUCAUGACUCAUCAAUGGUUGCCUCUCUUCCUUCAAGGGGUCUCCAUGAAACUCUUUACCAUUUUUGCCAGAACAUACAGAUUACCCCUCAGAAGCUUCUGAAAACUGCCUUUGGGAUUCGUGGCUUCAGCAAAUCUGAAAUUACUAAGGUGGUUCUCCAGACUGAAAUGAUUCUUAAGAGUCAGCGAACACAUGGAGGAGCUGGAGGAGGAACAGGGCAGACGAAUCUUCCUGAAACACCUUCUCUUCAUCGCUCACUAUCCCUGGAAGGUCUCCCUACCUCAGAGACCCAGAGCAACAUACAGAUGAUGUCACAUACUCUCACUAUCAAAGAGCUGUUGACAUUGUGGUCUUGGCUGCCUAUGAGGAUGACAAUGUACCAACCAACUCUCAUCUAUACAACUGAGGAACAUGGCUGCUCUCUCACCACCUUCUUCCAGCGAACGGAAAAAUAUGAGCCCACCCUCCUCUGCAUCCGCACCACAAACGACAAUGUGUUUGGAGCUUACUGCUCUACAGCCUGGGCUCAGAGGCACUGUAAAGAUGAGUUUGGAAAUUGGCAGACAUACUUUGGGACAGGAGAGACAUUCUUGUUCUCCCUUCGACCUACUGUUGCCAAAUAUCAGUGGGUGGGCAUCUCCAGGCAGCAUGACGAUGCUGCGCUGUCUUCUGUGGAGCAUUGUGCUGAACUCUUCAUGCAUGCUGACAGUAACAUGAUCACCAUUGGUGGAGGGAAUGGUCAGGGAAUCAUGCUGGACCAUGAGUUGCGUUAUGGCAAAACUGAACCUUGCCAGACCUUUGACAAUCCUCCACUGGCACCCAAUGGAGACUUUGAGGUGAAGGUCAUUGAAGUUUAUAGCUUGGCAAACUUAUAAAAGUACUGAUUUAUUAAUUCAAAAGUUUUGUUUCUGUUUUUAGUACCAUAUAUACCUAGUUUCAACUAAGUAAAGAUAAAAAAUCAUUAUGAAUUGAUAUUCAUAUAUUUUGAAUUGUUACCAAUUAUGAAGUUUACAUAUCACAUUCACAGUUUGUAUUAAGCAUGUGUUUAGUAGUGGUAUGUGAAUGUUGUUAUAUUCCACAGUGUAUUUGAUUUAUACUCAUUUUGUGCACUAGACUGCCAAAUGGUGUGUCUUGGGGGAGCUGCUGUAAGUGUGUUACUUACUCAGUGAACCAGCUGUCAUGAAGGGGUGUACAAUGCCCUCAUGACAGACAUACAAUCCUAGUCAUAUAUUUAUAUACACAGUACCAUUGAUGAAACGGGAUGGACUUGACAGAGUAUUUAGUUUGUUUUAUUUUGUGAUGGUAAGUCGAUUGCACUGUAUUAUGGAGUAGAAUCUCAUGAGAGUUUGAGUUAGGUUAGAUGAAGAAGCAAUAACUGUAAACGUAGAGAGCAGUUAUGAGCGUCACUGCCUCUUAUCAACAAUCUAGGUGUUUUAUGUAUUCAACAGUGACCUUAUCAUUGUGCUGCAUGGAUGUAUUUUGCUUACACUUUCAAGUGAAAAAAAGAAAAAAAAUGUGAAUCAAAAACCAGUAUAUAUUGUACAAUUAUUUGCCUUACAGUGCAAAUAUCUCAUCACACAGUUCCUUUGUUUAUUGUAAGGGUGUAUUACGGAGAUUAUCAUGUUCCGUGAAUUGUAACGUCCUUAAUUAGAACUUAAAGCUUAACUUUAAGAUAUUAGAUCAAUUAUUCCCUCUUCCCACCGCAAGUCCUUAGUUCAUGUAGGAGUAAAAACCAUUCAAGCCUGGAACUAUUAAGAUCUCAGCUCUGCAUUUCAUCAGAUAGGGAUACACAUUAUGCUUCAUUUAGAUUUAUAGACAAAAUUACCUGACUAAUAACAUUUAUUAAGAAAGCUAAAGUUUACAACAGAAACCUUAAUUUUAAGUCAUUCCCUUGUUUUCCUAGUCCUGAAGCCAUAACAUGAUUGUUUCUAAAGGAACAUGAGAAUCUUUGCAUGUCCAACAUUAUACUAUACUUAACCAAUCCAUGUACUAAUUCAGAUUUUACCAGUGAUUAUUGAUAUUGCCUUUUUUUUCCAAUGUAUAGUAUAGCUAGCUUGGUGUUUUUUGUGUCAUGCAUGGUUUGUGAGUCUGUAUCUGAAUGUUAUGUGUUAGUGGGGAUAAAAGUCAUUGUGAUAAAUUGUGAUGUAGUUUGUCGCUAGCUAUUGAAUCAGUUCAAAUUAAAGUAUAAUAUAUUAUUUUGAAAAUAGAGUUUGUAUAAAGGAAAUAUUUUCAUAUUAAUGUCUGCCAGACUUUGUUAGAGAUUUAAGUUUCCAUUGAAAACACAUAUGCCAUAAUACCAGAAUCUCUUUUGUUGUUCUAUUUUAUACUUAAGGAUUAUGUUGAUAAGUUUGUAGAUAAAAUGCUAAUGGCCAGUAAGUUAUGAUAUUGUCGUAAACAGACAGUUUCCGACAAUCAUGUUUUACCAAUUGUUAUAUUGUUUUGUAGCAAAGGAAAUAAAGGGUGUGAAAAUUA